AUGAGAAUAGGUCUUAUAGCUUAUAUCAAUUCUAGGAGUGUUCCAGAAGAUUUUGAAAUACUUUUCAUGCAAGGAGGAGGUACUGGACAAUUCGCUGCCAUUCCUCUAAAUCUCACGGGAGAUAAGGAAUUCGCCGAUUACAUUAUCACCGGUGCAUGGUCAAGCAAGGCAGCCGCUGAGGCUAGCAAAUUUAUAAGGGUGAAAAAGGUGUUUACUCCCAAAAAGCCUUUCGUUACAAUUCCCGAUCAAAGCAAGUGGGAUCACGAUAAGAAUGCUGCCUAUUUGUACUACUGCGCCAACGAAACGGUUCAUGGAAUCGAAUUCCACACUCCCCCCUAUUCAGUACAUGGAGUUCCUUUGGUAGCUGAUAUUUCGUCGAACUUUCUUUCGAGACCUUUUGACUUUACAAAUCAUGGAGUGGUAUUUGGUGGCACACAGAAAAAUCUUGGUGCAGCAGGUCUGACUGUUGUUAUGGUUAGAAAGGACUUGAUAGGAAAGGCACAGCCAAUAACCCCAGCUAUAUUUAACUAUCAGGAUAUGACAGACAACAACAGUCUUUAUAACACUCCACCAGUCUAUGGAAUUUAUCUGACAAAUCUAGUUCUGAAAUGGAUUCGAGAUCAAGGAGGUGUUGAUGCCAUUUUUGAGACAAACAAGAAAAAGUCCGAUGUGAUUUACAACUUAAUCGACAACUCAAAUGGUUUCUAUACAUGCGAUAUAGACAAACAAUGUCGAAGUUACAUGAAUGUCUGCUACCGUAUCAAAAACGGUGAUGAGAAGCUGGAAGCUGAAUUUUUGAAAGGAGCGCAAGCAAGAGGAAUGAUUUCCCUUAAAGGGCACAGAUCGGUAGGAGGAAUCCGUGCCUCGCUUUACAAUGCUGUAACUCUGCAAGAAACGGAAAUGCUGGCCGAUUGGAUGCGCGAAUUUAUGAACAACCAAAAAGCCUGA